GAAAAAGCAAACAUUUUUGCUGAGAAGAUGGAUAAUUUGUCCGAAUUUAAAGCGAGUGACGGUUGGCUGCGUAAUUUUAAGGCUCGGCACGGCAUUCGAGAGCUCGAUUUGUGUGGAGAAAAGCUUUCUGCCGAUAAUACUGCAGCAGAAAAGUUUAUUGAGGAAUUUAAAACGAAAAUUGAAAAUUACGAUCCUGAAUUUGUUUUUAAUGCGGAUGAAACAGGCCUCAAUUGGAAGGCACUACCUCGUAAAACUUUAGCUUCAAAGAGAGAAACAAGUGCUCCUGGUCACAAAGUUAGCAAAGAUCGCGUGACAGUUCUUACUUGUGCCAAUUCAACAGGCAAUCAUCGGCUUCCAUUACUCUUAAUUGGCAAAUCCAAAAACCCAAGAGCUUUUAAAAACGUUAAAAAGCUUCCAGUUGUUUAUAAAACCCAAAAUAAAGCAUGGAUGACUUCUGCAUUGUUUACGGAAUGGUUUGAUGACGUUUUUAUUCCAGAUGUUAAAAAGUAUCAAAAGAAAAUAAAUAAAAAGGGGAAUGUAUUGCUUUUGCUGGACAAUGCACCUACUCAUCCUUCAGAAAGUUCACUUGAGAGAGAAAAUGGUCGUUUCAAAGAUCUUUUUCUGCCACCUAAUGUGACCAGUUUGCUGCAACCUAUGGAUCAAGGCAUCAUUGAAUGCAUGAAACGACUUUACUAA